AUGAAAAAUCAGACACCCAGUUCCUCGGAAUCUUUGAGGCGUUUUUAUCAAUCAGCUGACGCCUGCCGCCAACGAAAUGUCAGCGUCUUAUCGAAGCAGCGUGCAUCCACAGAAGACCCCCAUUCGAGAGAUCUCGCCGAAGCUUUGCAGAUCAUGCUCGCUUUUCCCCCUGUUCAAGCGAUACUUGCAGAGGAGACAGAUCACCCUCUAGAUCUGUCUAACGCCAGCGAUACUCAUGGACGAAAGUACUACCUGGACAAAGUAGGCGAUUCGCUGAUGUUAGUGCCAAUCGUUGGUUGGGGACUGGACUUGGACGUCUAUGCGGUUCGCAAGGGCAUCGAGGCUCUCCGUGCCUGGGAUCCAACAUUCUAUAGCCAAGGUUUCAAACGGCAUGGAGAGGAUCAACCCGAAGACGAGACUGAAGAGGAAGCCGGCAGCGAUGACAUCCUUGGUGACGACAGUGGAAUUGACUGUGGCGAUGGUAUGGAGGAUGAUGACAACGAAGACGGGUAUGACGAUGAGCUUGAAUUCGAGGGUGAGGAUGAAGAUACCGAAGAGGUACACGCGGAGGAGGGCACAGGGGAAGAUGCAAACAUGACGGCAGCAGAGAUGUAG